AUAUGUGUUUGCCUGGUGUCUCGUGUUUAUGGUUCUGGAUGCUUUCUGUUUUGCACUUUAUAAAUAUCCACCUUUGCCUCCAUUACAUGAAAAUUACUAUAGUUUACAAUUUUUUUUUUUUCCAUUCAUCUUUGUGAUGGAUUUUUGUGGAUGAGGUGGAUCCGGAGAUGAUCCCAGGAACACGAGGUGUGAAGUCUGUAUUCUGCUGAGGAUAUUCUGAAUUCAUUUAAGGAUCGCAACAUGGCCAUGUGACUACUGUAUCGGCUCUGCAUCAACCAAAUACGACCAAGAGCAUACUCGUGGAAGGAGAAACAUAGACUAAUACAAGUCAUGGAGGUUCAAGACGUUGUGGCAAACAAAGAUGCCCAUAUAGUGAUUUUACAGAAGAAGAUCCAGUCUGCAAAAACCCCUGAGGAAAAAGAAAGAUUUGAGAAGCAAAAGUUUGAGCUCCUGCAGGGAAGAGAGAUGGUCAUAAACUCUAUGAGGCAAAUAGUGACGAAGUGCACAGACUCCGCUGAAGUUACCGAACGGGUUUUGCACGGAAAAAGCCGAGCCUACUCAAGCCUGGAAUAUAAGGAAGUUGCCGAAUACUACAAAGAAAAGUGCUUUGACUGGCAUGACACAAAGUAUCAGUCUGCAAUGGAGCAUCUGUACCUCUUCGCUAACCUGCUUGAGGAGAAAGUUACAGUGGAACGGAUUAAGAAAGCAAUUGAUGAAGUGGGUGUUGCCAUGAAAGCCAAAAAGGAAGAGGAGAUGGAGCAGUAAAAAAGAAAAAGAAAAGGAAAAAAAAUUGAAACUGAAAGCAAAAGAAAAUGGCCACACCAAGAAUGAGUGAAAUGGUCUCAAUUUUUUCAAAUAUAUAAAGGACAGGAUGGCUUAUGGAAAAAUCUUUUCCAGACUGCUACUUCAAUAUUAAUAACUACCUUAGUACAUAUUAUUUUAGCACUACCCUUGCUGCUCUUAUGAUUACGUUACUAACUUUUGCUUGAAAGUGCACAUGCUUUUGCUGCAAGCUAAUCUUACUGAGGCUUAACCUUACACUUCAAAGUGCAGGCCUGACUAAAGGAAGACAAAAACAAAAGCUAGUUUAAAAAAAAUUUAACUAAGAUACUUUGUAGUUUUCAAUUAGACAUUUGCAUUUUUCACUUUGAUUUACUGAGGUCAAGCAACCACAUGUUUUUCUUUAAAUGACUCACUGUAAUGAGUUGGCUUUCUUCUGUCAUAGUAUCAUGAAUAUAACAGUUUAGAACAUUACAUACAUGGCUGUGUUUAAAAUAAUAGUGGAUUUAAAUCCACAGAAGAGAUUGGAGAAGUGUGAAAGUUUUAAAUAAAUCAUAAUGAAGAAA